AUGGAUCAAGGCGUUAUUGAGACUUUCAAACGAUCUUACAGGACAGAAUUGUUGCGCAAGUUAUUGUUAGAAAGAGAAGAGGAUGGAGAAGAAAGUCUCUUAAGAAAUCAUAAGAAUAUUGACUUGAAAGACACGUCCUACAUGAUCAGCGCAGCAUGGAAUGGUGUAAAGGAAGAGAAUUUGAAGAAAGCCUGGAAUAAAAUUUUGGACACCGAAGAAAAUUCACAAGGUAUGAUUGAAAAUGACGAACAGAAUGAUAUGUUCGAAAUUCUCGGUAUGCUAAAAGAAAUAGAUUGCCACGAAUGUGAUGAAGAAGACGUUCAUGAAUGGAUGAAUAUCGAUGAUGCAGAUCCAGGACGCCAAAUCAUGCGGGACAGCGGGAUUGUAAACGUCGUCACUGAUAAAGAUGACGCCGCCAGCAUCUCAUCAAUCAGUGCUCCAGAAAGUGGAGAUGAAAGUAUAUCAACAGUAUCUGAGGCGUUCACUUGCUUAGAUACUGCCUUGCGAUGGUUUGAAGCCCAAGAUGAAAGUGACCACUUUCAGAUAUCUGUAAUGAAAAAAGUACGUGACUUAGCUGCUCGUAAGCGUGUAGGCUUGCUUAGACCAAAAUAA